AUGUCGACCACCUCUGCUCUCGAAUUCUCCAAUUUGCCUACCGAUGCAAUUGGGAAAAUCAUUGAGAAAUGUGAUCUCAAAGAGCAAUUGACUCUCCGAAAGGUGUCAAAAGACCUGCGUUCUCUUGUCGAUGAACAGAAAAGUGCAUACAAAUCGAUCGAGAUUGAUCUGAUGGAUUCGUGUAUCUUUUGUGUGUACAACAACAAAGAUGUUGUGUAUGCCAGCGAGAAUUGGGAUAAGAAUUACAUGCCUAUCGAAACCUCCGUCAUCAGAAACGAUGAUUAUGAGAAAAUGGCUUUGAAUGAUUUGUCGAUUGCACUGAAAAAUCCAAAAUUGCGAUUGGAUGAGCUGGAGCUGACAGUCUAUAACUCCCCUGAUAUGAUGAAUCGAUUCGGAUUGCUUCUGAAUAGUCUGAAUCAUCUAAUACACGUCAAAACAUUGAAAGUCCAUGUGGGAAAUCCGGAAUUUUUUCUCUCGAUUCUCCCCUUUCUCAAACCGAAAGUGCUUGCGAAUAUCGACAUUGACGGAGUAUACGAGGGUGACGAUUGGGCACUGGAAAAAGUCAGACAAGUCACGAGUCUGGAGCAAUGGAAGCAAGCGGAACAACUAACUGCUCAAUCUUCUUUCCACAACUUCCCAUCCGAAUUUCUUAUGCAUUUCAAACGUUUUGUUAUCUUAAAUUGGCUUGUCGACGAGACUUUCUUGAUAAAACUCAGAAAUUUAUUCUCCACGUCUAUCAACUUCGAGUCAUGCACUGUCGAUUCACCCAACGUCGACAACUUCUGUGAAUUCCUCCAAUCGUUCUGUGAGAAAGUGGAAUCGGAAGGAGAAGUCAUCUACCGCUUCAAAAUUCCUGAUGAGUCGAAUAAAAUUGAUGGAUACGAUGCAAUCAAAUUCAAGGAAUUUGAGUUCUGGUAUUAUCGAUUUUCACGUGGAGAAUUCGAUUUGGAUUACGAUGUUGGGUCGAUUAUCUCUGACCUCGAAUUAUCCAAUUUGCAUAAUGAUGCUAUCGAGAAAAUCAUUGAGAAAUGUGAUCUCAAAGAGCAAUUGACUCUCCGAAAAGUGUCGAAAGACCUGCGUUCUUUCGUUGAUAAACAGAAAAGUGCAUACAAAUCGAUCGAGAUUGAUCUGACAGGGAGCAUCUCUUGUGUGUACAACGGAAAUAGAGUUGUGUAUGAAGGCGAGAAUUGGGAAGUUGAUCUUCGUUUCGAUUAUGAGGACUCUUGCAUUCUCGCAAGCGAAGAUUACGUGAAAAUCGCUUCGAAUGAUUUGUCGUUUGCAUUGAAUAAUCCAAAAUUGCGAUUGGAUGACUUGGCAGUCAACUAUUAUUACAAUGAUGUAAUGAAUCUAUUCUAUUUGAAGAGUCUUCUGGAACAUAUGAAUCACCAAAUACACGUCAAAACUUUGAGACUCUAUGCGGGAUCCCCUGAAUAUCUUCUAUCGAUUCUUCCCUUUCUCAAACCGAAAGUGCUUGUAAAUAUCGAAAUUGACGGAUAUGACGAUCGUGACGAUGUAUCGAAAACAAUCGAGGAAAUCGGGAGUCUGGAGCAAUGGAAGCAAGCGGAACAACUCACUGCUCAAGAUUGGUUCGAAUACUUCCCAUCCGAAUGUCUCAUGCAUUUCAAACGACUGUGCCGUAUAUAUCCGAUUCUUUUCGAUUAA